AUCCUUCUUGAUUCAAAAUGGAAGCCUCCCUGUUAAUGAAGUGUACCCGAGGUAUUUUAGGAUCAAGGGCACAUACUGUUCUAAAUGAUUUACUGCUUCGAGCUACUAGAGGCUUUAGUUCUCUUCCUCAAGCAAAUGAUAAUGUGAGGACUGUGUUUAGAACUUCUGAAAACGAUCCAAGACAACAUACUCUUGAUCAUGUAGGCCUAUUUUACACAAUCCCUAAAGAUGAAGUAGAUGGUCUGCUUAAAGAUACCAUUCAUCCAUGGCAUAUGAGACUGAUGAAGACUUUCAAUGAAUCUUGUCUCAUGGUAAGAAAACCAUCUAUUGAGUUGAAUGAAUAUAUCAGGAACUUCAACUUAAAUCACCCAGUUCCUAGAUUUAUACUCUAUGGACGCAAAGGAGCUGGUAAAUCAUGUGUGCUGCACCAUACAAUGCAGUGUUGUCACAGAGACAAUUGGAUCAUAGUUAAUGUUCCAUGGGCUGGUCAGUGGGCUCGUGGCUGGUACAAGGAAGUGUCUGAAUCCAUCUACAAGCCAGGGCGAUUUGAUCUUCCUACAGAUGGAGCUCAGUGGCUUAAUCACUUUAAGAAUCAGAACAAAGGAAGAUUGCAGAAUUUAAAAACAACUUCAGAGUAUAUUUGGACAAAAAGAGAAAAAGCAGAAAUCGGCACAUCUUUUGAAGAAUUAAUAGAUUUUGGCCAAUCUCGUCUAAAGUUUUCUUGUGAUUGUGUGGGAGUAAUUUUAAAAGAACUGAGAAAACAAGCACAAACUCAACAACUAAAAGUUCUGGUGGCUGUCACAUCUGUCAAUGCAUUCUAUGUUCAAUGGAAUCAUUUAAAUGCUUUAAAAAACUCUGAAAAGAAGAAGCUACAUCCAGGUGAAAUAUCUCUUAUACAUAACUUCAAGAAAAUGGUCAGUCCAACUUGGAAUCAUGGAGUUGCUGUGUGCACAGUGGAUGAAACUGCCAAUAAUGAAAAUGAAAGACAAAACUAUACACCCUUUUAUUUGUUGAAGCAGGAGGGUUUUGAUGCACUGGAUCCAUUUGUACCAAUAUUGGUUCCAGAAUAUACAGAGAAAGAGGCCCUAAGUAAUUUAAACUACUAUAUGGAUCGCAAUUGGGUUCAAAAUGACUAUGGAAAGACUGAAGAGGGCAAAAAAGAAAUAAUAUUUGUUAGCAAUCAUAAUGCAUUCAGUUUGUAUAAAGUGUGUUCGUCUUUGUGAAUUUAAAGAGAGCAGUUCAUUAUCCCUUUUGAGUUUGUGUGUAUGUGCUUGUAAGUUGUGAAUUAUAAAUUGCAUAUGUAAAUACAUCAUUUAAUCGAUACUUUUUUUUAGUAGUUAUUGUUAAUAAUGGAUAAUGUAUAUUUACUGUUGGCUAAUCUCUCAUUAAAGGAUUUCAAAAUGAAG